CUCCAAGUGUGAGGGCAAGACUGGCUCUCCUGAGAAGCCACUUUCUGAAAUGGGGCUGCUGUUGUACCGGUCCUACUGGUCUGAUAUCAUUCUCACGAUUCUGAUUAACAGGGUCCCUACUGACAAUCACGAAAGGCCGAAGAUCAGCAUUAACGAGAUUUGCGACCUGACGAGCAUCAAGAAGGAGGAUGUGAUAUGGACACUACAGCAUUUGAAGCUGCUCGUCUAUUACAAGGGCCAGCAGAUCCUUGUGCUGACUGAAGAGGCAUUGGCAGCAUGCAGUCAAGCCAUUGUCAAGCGACCUUUGCGCAUCGAUUCCAAGUGCCUCCAAUGGAAGCCCAGAGAUUGGGGGAAGCAUCGGAAGCAGUCAACCGUCUUUGUGCUGCUGCGUUGCUCCAGUUGUCUUGGGAGGUCAUAGCUGAGGGGAGAAGGUGAAGGCUACUGCUACCUGACAAUAACUCUACCUCCUACACUUGACAUGUUUAUAUAAGGGUUAAUGAAAAUUACUGCAGUAAUUGGUUAACAUAGUGAAUCAGUAUACUAUAUUAUCAUUACAUAACGUGAUUCUCCAUUGAGA